AUGGACAACCUCUGCAAGGAGCUCCCGCAUGGCCUCUGCGCUGCUCUUUCUGCGCAUUUGGACAUGAUAGAUGCUGGGCUGGAGGCCGACGUCUCCCCGAAGGGCUCACGCCGGCCCGUGGACCGACGCUGGGUCUGGGAUGUGACCUUCCCGCUGGUCCCGCAGGGUGCCGGCAUCGUGCAGCAGGGCAGAGGUCGAGCAUUGCACGUCCUGCGCGUCAAGACGGAGGCCGUGUUUCAAUCUUUGCGAGGCAUGAGUCCGGGGUACCUUUGCAAAGUGGGAAUCCAGAAGAUGGAAUGCGAACUGCUCUCCAGCCUUGUAGAGUUCGCGAAGAUGGCCCAGGUGUUGUUGAAUUCCCGACGUGGAGAACUUCUCAGCGACAGCCAUGCUGGUACAUCAGACAUGGAGAAGAGCACCUAUCCCUCGCCUUCCGGGCUCAAGUUGUGGCAGCUUGCCGUCGGUGACUAUUUUAAUCUGGCUUGCGCCGGACAACGAACUGUUGUCUUUGGACAGGGCCCGGUCGGUGUCCAAGGAGGCUCAGAUGCAAAUGCCGCAGCCCCAGCAGAAGCUUCGCAGGUUGAGCAGUUCGUGACAUUCCUGCGGCCUGCCCAGGAAGUGCUUGGUUUGACUCAGGGUGUCUCCAAGGCUGGGGCAAACUACAUGGAGGCGCUCUCUGCCGUGUCGGCUGACCACCGCGCCAAAGCCCAGAGCCAAACCCCUGUGAAGGUGCAACUCCCGUCGGGCAUCGGCAGCCAUGGCUGGCAACCGGCCGCUGAACCGCAGGUGCAGGAUGAGACAGUGCGACUGCAGCAGGCCACGCAGAUGCUGCAGGCUGCAUUGGCAAACUGGGAGGCAUGCAUGCAAAAUCCGGCAGUGCAGGUGCAGGCUCCCGGGCGUGUGGCACAAGAGGCUCAGAGCUUCCCUGGCCCUCCCGGCCUGGCCCUGGCCCAGGCGCAGGCCCAGGCCCAGGCCCAGGCGCAGCAGGUGCAGGCAGUUCGUGCAGAAGCCGAGCGGAGUCAAAAGAUUGCCGACUACUCCAAGAUGCUCGAGAAGGCUCUGCAGCAGCUGAAUACCACGCUACCUCGUGAAUCUGCCGAGAAGGCACAGGCUUUGCUUCACGGAUAUGCCAUGGACAAGCCCGAGGUGCUUGGAAAGCCUGAUAGCCCCGACAAGCUAAAGUGGCUGGCGGAGCUCCUGCAGAGCCAGAACAAGGCCAGCGUCGACAAGGUGAACAAGAUCAUGCAGGACUCCCGUCAGCAGGCCAUGCUCGCAACAGCUGCAGGCAUUAGCAUGCCUUUCCUCCCUGGGAACCUUGCGGGCCUGACUGGAAGCCCAUUGGCAGGUGCUCCGAACUGGGCAGCGGCCAUGGCAGGACAGCAAAUGCCAAUGGCCCCGAUGUCGGCAGCUUGCAAAGGAGCCACUGCUGGGAAGACUUGGCGGGACGGUGCGGCAGCAGGCCCUGCCGCUGCCCAAGAAGCCACUAACUCACGCAAAGGUGGAGGCCCCAAGAAGCGGCAGACCGCAGGCGAAGCCUCAGGUACUUCGCCGGAGGCAAAUCACUCGGGUGAGACAUUGCGUAUGCAUCUGCGUUCUUUGCUGCAUGUGGACUCGAACCGCGUCCUGAUCGUGCGGAAGAUCAACCGUCUCGGCUUUUCGUCGCCCACAACUCUGAAGGAGCAUUUCUCAUGGUAUGGAACCGUCGAGAAGGUGCUCGUGGCGCACUCGCGGGUGAAGUCUGGUGGGGGCCAGGCUGGGAUGGUUUCGAGACUCCGGCCGUCUGGUUUGGGAUUCGUCGUGAUGAGCCGCAUGGAAGAAGCGGAGGUGAUCCUUGCCCAGGGGGCCGAGCAGCAGGUCUGUGGGACCGUGAUCCGUGUGCAGAAAUUCGAACGCCGCAUGAGCGAAUCUGCAGAAGCUCAGGAUGAUGAUGAUGAUGAUGAUGAUGAGGAGCUGGAUGUCAAGAAGGAGGAGGAGCAAUUUUCCGCGGAGUCGCGGGUGAUGGGCGCGUGA